CAAGUCUACUCGUCCUCUUGCUUCCCCCAACCCUAAAACGCGGAGCGCGUCCGGCGAGCGUCUAAUCAUCGCGUCACCCUCUUCAAAAUCCGGCAACCCUACUUACCUGGGGGAGCCCAUCGAUCAUUGCCAACACCUCCGAUCGAUCACUGACUCGUUAGAGAAUGACUGGACCAUCAUGGCUGAUUGACAGCAAAAGAAUUGCUACAAAGAUAAAAAAUGCAUCUGAACCAGUGGAUUCUAGCAGAUACAAAUGGAUGAGUAACCCAACUAAAGCUUGCCCGAGGUGCAACCACAUAAUAGAUAAUAGCGAUGUUGUCCAGGAAUGGCCUGGCUUACCUAGAGGGGUGAAAUUUGAUCCAUCUGAUCAAGAGUUGCUCUGGCAUUUGCUGGCAAAAGUUGGACAAGGGGAUGCAAAACCUCAUCCUUUCAUCAAUGAAUUCAUUCCAACGGUUGAGGAAGGUGAUGGAAUAUGUUACACCCAUCCUCAGAAACUUCCAGGAGUCAAGCAAGAUGGAAGUGUGUCCCACUUCUUCCAUAGAACUUUCAAGGCAUACAACACUGGUACUCGAAAGCGUCGAAAGAUAAAUAGUGAUGACCUCGGGGAUGUCCGCUGGCACAAGACUGGCAAGACCAAACCAGUAAUUAUGGAUGGAAAACACCAAGGUUGUAAGAAAAUAAUGGUUCUGUAUAUGAGCACCAUAAAGGGUGAGAAACCUGAGAAGACAAAUUGGGUAAUGCACCAAUACCACCUUGGCACGGGAGAGGAUGAGAAGGAUGGCGAGUAUGUUGUCUCUAAAAUAUUCUAUCAGCAACAGUCCAAGCCAGGUGAUAAGAAUGGACAAGACCUGACCCUGGAGAUUGUGGAAGCUGUUGUUGCAGAAGUAGACCCUGUAGCCAAUCCUAAAUCAGUUUCCUCUGAAUGUCAUGUUGGUAAGCAAGAUCCUGCUCAUAGCCCUGAGCAGACAUCUGAUCAGGUAAAGAUGUACCAUGAGAACAGAGUUGAAGAACAUAAUGCACCACUUGAGUGUGAAAAGUUUGAUGAUCAAGAUAACCACCCAACUGGAGAUUUGAAAUGGUGGGAAGGUGAAUCACAGUUUUUGUUAGAUUCUCAGCAGCUAGCAGAAGGAAUUGCAAUUUGUGAUGAGUUUCUUCUGAGUCAGUCUUCAUGUGGUGGGGAUGAAGCAAAAAAGAGCAGACCUCGCUUAUCAGAUUAUGCUCACAUGGGUGCAGAGGACUUGAAAAAGGAUUUAGAAGCGUGCCAAAAUCUGAGCAAUUAUGAUCGCUCAAACAUUGAACUUGAUCCACCCCAAGAUUUUCGACUAAGCCAACUUGAAUUUGGAUCACAGGACAGCUUUCUGGCUUGGGGUGGGAGCAAACUUGCAGAUUGACUGAAGUCACUUCUUUCUUCUACUUUGCCUGAUAUAUCAACAAGCAGCUGUAAUUUUGUGAAGCAAAUAUCCAGAUUGAUUAUGUGUUGUAUUUUCUACUUUGCCUAAUUUAUUGUAACGCAGCUGCAAGUUUUGUAAAUUUUGUCACGUUGCAUUGUAUUGCACCUAGCAGUGUGUUUUGUAAAGAUGCCAAACAGGCAUCUGUACAUAUAUAUCAUGCAAACUGUGAGAACGUCAUCAGCACAGGUGGUAACAAAUCUUAAGGCAAUAACUUAUUUGAGCACUCUAUGUUCAGUAGAAUGGAGAUGCACUAAAAAGAUCAAAUUAG